AUGUGCUUCACCCGUAACACUCAAUGGCCAAUUCUCGGUCAGCAAAAGGUGACUUACACCCAAUUGGAGGUCCCUGUCAAUCCUGAGGUUUCCAAAUGGGCCUCGGUGUUACGUGCUUCUAAGGUACAAAUAACCAAGGAAAGCAAGAGAAAGCAGAAGCCCACGAAGGAGCCAAAAACUCCAACCUGGCCGACGCUUGGCAACAAAGAUGUCGCUAAAAAGCUGGAGACACCUCGGUGGUGCUCUCUGGCUUUCAAGCCUAAGGUGGGCAAUGAAAGCCCAAAACCCAAAGUAGCUAGGGAUUUCAAAGAAGCCGAUGCCAUGCCGGUGGCCACGGUUGCUAAGGAGGUCAAGGCUAAUAAGAAGGCAGAACUUGUCAAGGAGUUAAACCAUGUCAAUUGGCCUACACUCGGCAACAUCACCACUCAACAGGAUGUUGUGAAGGAUGAGGCACCCAUGUGGUGUCAUGUCCUCAAGGACAAGAGACCGGACAACUCUCCGGUUGUGAAGAAGGAGUUGGCGCCUCUAGAGGCAGAGAAGAAGACCGUUGGGUCUUGGGUCGUCGAGGACGUUAACAGGGUGAAGACUACACCUGCCGAGGCAGUCGAGAAGGUCAAAGCAGUUAAGACUGUCGAACCGGUGAAGGUCGACGACGAGGUGAAGGCUGUUGAGCAGGUCAAGGUGGCUACAUCAGUGAAGGAGGUGAAGGCAGUCGAGCGAGUGAAAGAGUUGAAGGGCGGUGAAACAGUAAAGGUAGACGGUACAAAGAAAGUCGAGUUGGUACAUGACGCCGAGAAGACGAAGAAGAAGAAGAAGGCAGGGAAGAAACUCAGAAAAGCGAAGCAAGAGAGGAAACGCAAACAUGUCAGAAACAAGUCGGUGUGGGCAAAGAAGGAAGUUAAGCCCGUGGAGGCAGUCGCAUCCGCUGAGGUAGUUGAGCCCGUUAAGGUAGUCGACAAACUUGAGGACGUCAAUUUGGUCAAGCUUGGGGAGGCGAGUCCAGUUGAUGUUGCUCCAAGAAAGUUGACUCAUAAACUUUUGGGCUCUGCCUGGAGGGAGGCACUCGAUAUCGGUCUCACGGAGAAGAUGCUGACUAACAAGGCUUCUGGGCGGUGCCAGUCUGCUGGCUCCUCUUUUUGCUAUGAGGAAACACUUUCUACAAGGACAAUUGGCGCCGUUGGUGUCGGUGAGGGCUCUGAGCCCAUGGGGAUCACCGAUGUUGGCCACGCCAAGAAGACAAAAGACAGUGUUUUCUAUUUGCCUUCUGACUUUGUAUUCUUCAGGCACAUGUUGCUGGAGAAGAGCCACAAGACUUAUUGGCCCAGCGACUUUUACAAAUUUAAGAGCUGGACUAAUGACAAACCUCAAAGAGCGCUUCUCCCAAAGGACUUCUUCAAAUAUCAGGAAUGGACCAACGACAAACAUCACGGUGCUUUCCUUCCUAAGGACUUCAUCAGGUAUACUGACUGGACGAAAGAGGUGUCUCGCAACUCGUUCCUUCCAGGGGACUUCUACAAAUUCAAGGAGUACACACGGGAGAACAACCAGGCUGUCUGCCUUCCGAAGGACUUCUUCAAGUACCAGGACUGGACUAGCGAGAAAGACAAGCCUACCUACCUCUCGCGGGAUUUCUUUAACAUGUGGAAGCUAGCAAAAGAUGGAGCCAGAAGGAAAGCCGCUUCUUUUAAACAAUCGACUCAUAAACAGCUGCUGCCUUUACCUAAAGGACUCACUGCCAUUCUUUCGUGUCCAAAACUUGGAAUCGAAGUCAUACUUUACGACCCAAAGAUGCCGUUGUAA